AUGAACGGCAGCGAUGAGAUUCGCGAGGAGCGCAAGGACUCUCAAAACGCCCAUCUUGAGAACCAGGUCCGAAAUGAGAUCAACAUCAAUUCGAAUGCCGACGCCAGUUCUUCUCAUCCGUACAGAAUCAGGAACCCUCUUGCAGGCAUCCCCUACGACCAGCUAAUGCGCAAUGUCGAGGCCUUUGCCCACGAGAAGGGACUACAGGAGCACAUCCCAAUUCUCCGCAAGGGCGCGCUCGUCGCCCAGGACCCGGAGAACUAUGAGAACAUCUCGGGCCCCGAGGCCCUUGACGAGGCCGAGAAGACCGUCAUCUACAACGAGGUUCACCACAAGUGGCGCAUGCCCUGGAAGCUGAUCCUCACCAUCGCCACCUGCUCUAUCGGCGCCUGUGUCCAGGGUUGGGACCAAACUGGCAGUAACGGAGCUACCAUUUUCUUCCCCCAAUACUACGGCAUUCCCGAGAAGAACCCAGACGACAGCACCAACACGCACAACACGCUCCUUGUCGGUAUGAUCAACGCUGGUCCUUAUAUCGGUUGCGCUCUUCUUGGCUGCUGGCUCGCUGAUCCUCUCAACUUCUUCCUCGGUCGUCGCACGGUCAUUUUCAUCUCUGGUCACUUCUGUCUCUGGCCCGUCAUCGGUUCCGCCUUCUGCAUGACCUGGGAACAGCAAUUCGCCUGCCGUCUGCUGAUGGGUAUCGGAAUGGGUAUUAAAGCAGCAACAGUCCCGGUCUACGCCGCAGAGAAUGCUCCCGCCUCUGUCCGUGGUGCUCUCGUUAUGUCUUGGCAAAUGUGGACUGCGUUCGGUAUCAUGUUGGGAACUGUCAUCAACGUUGCCGUCUUCUACCACGCACACAACUGGCGUCUCAUGCUCGGUCUUCCCGCCAUCCCGGCUGUGCCCCUCAUUGGUCUCAUCUACCUCUGCCCCGAGUCGCCUCGUUGGUGCAUGAAGAAGGGACGCUAUGUCCAGGCUUGGGACGCGAUGAUGCGCCUUCGCUUCAACCCCAUCCAGGUCGCCCGUGACAUCUACUACAUCCACUGCCAGCUUGAAAUCGAGCGCGAGGUCCUGAGCCAGAACAACUACAUCACCCGAGCUAUCCAGUUGUUCACCAUUCCCCGUGUCCGCCGUGCCACUCUUGCCGCCUUUACUGUCAUGUUGGCCCAGCAGAUGUGCGGUAUCAACAUUAUCGCCUUCUACUCGACUUCCGUUUUCAAGGCGGCUGGCCAGGAUGAGUUCCACGCCCUGCUCGCCUCAUUUGGUUUCGGUCUCAUCAACUGGGUGUUUGCCUUCCCCGCCUUCUGGACCAUUGACACCUUCGGACGCCGAUCUCUUCUGCUCUUCACCUUCCCCAACAUGAUGUGGACUCUUUUGACGGCUGGUCUCUGCACUCUGAUGAAGCAGAGCACGGCCAAGACGGCCUUGGUUGCUCUGUUCGUGUACCUCUUUGCCGCUUUCUACUCACCCGGUGAGGGUCCCGUUCCUUUCACCUACAGUGCCGAAGUCUUCCCUCUGUCGCACAGAGAGAUGGGCAUGGGUUUCGCUGUCGCUACUUGCCUGGGCUUCGCCGCCGUUCUUGGUAUCACCUUCCCCCUCAUCAUCGAGAACCUCGGAACUGCUGGUGCUUGCGGUCUCUACGCCGGCUUCAACUUUGUUGCCUUCUGGAUGAUCUUCUUCUGGGUUCCUGAGACCAAGCAGCGCACCCUGGAGGAGCUCGACUACGUCUUCGCCAUCCCCACCGCCAAGUUCGCCCGCUACCAGGUCACCGAGGCCACGCCGUGGUUCUUCAAGCGCUACGUGCUCUUCCAGAAGCACGCCACACUCCAGCCCCUCAUCCACGUCGACCACGAGCACCGCGACCUCGAGGGCGCCAACAACCACUACGCCGCCCAGCCCGAGUCUUCGAAGGCGGCCGGCGGCAUGUCCGACUCGCCCGAGUUCAGCCAGGAGAAGCGUGUCGAGAACCUGUAA